UAUGCAUUGUUAUUAUUGCUGCUACAGUCGAUUGUCUGUUAUCGGAUCGCGAUAAAAAAUAGCGAAAAAUGCCAAAAUCCGAGUCAAAACAAUACGGACGGAUUCUCCAGUGCCCCACCGUGUGGCGAAGGAAAGUUCCGCGACCCACUGGAGAUCUUGGGUGAUAAAUUUUCGGAAUCAAAAAUCAAGCAUUUGUGCAAGGCUAAUUUGCUCAUGUAUGCCGACACAAUUUCAGAUGUACAUUUCCCACCCGAUGCCGUCAAGCUUUGCGAAUGUGUGUGUGAAACCUACAGAUGCUCAAUGCGUAUUGAUCCGGAAAUAAAUGUGACAUUGAUCAACUCCAAUUGCGAUUACUCCGGUGAUACGAUUAUCAAAGAAUAUUGGGCUAACGAAACUCACGCUACAAUGUGUCCAAACCUGAGCACCGCAUGCGUGUGCUCAUAUAACGUUCGGUGCAACCGCAAGACGAGGUUAGUAAAAUAUACGUUGACACCGAACGAAAAAGGAUACCUCAGAGUGGCGGUAGCAAAUUGUGGGGAAUCCACCUGUGUCACUUGA